AUGAAAUGUAAAAGUUGUCAACUUGAAAAACUACCUCGUGAAUUUCCAAAUGAUGUUAUCACUUCUUUCAAGAUUGAUAUCGAUAAUAUUCCAAUAUCGAAAAUUAUAAAUAAUAAUAAUAAUCUUACUGGACAUUUCUAUGUUGUGAUGUUAGAUGGUCAUAAGAUUCAAUUAAAAACAUUGAAUUAUGGUUCAACAGGUCAUGUUGAUCUAAAAGGUACUUCUCAUUCUGGUGAUGUGAUGGAUAUUGCUAAUAAAAAAGAUAAACCUAAGGAGCAGUUAUGUGGAUAUAAAAUACGAAAUGCAGCAUCUUCACAAGCUGUAAUAAUAGAAAAAUUAGCGAAAAGAAAUGAAUUGAUUGAAUACAAUUCACAAGAUUCCGUUGCAAAAAAAAAUCCUGUUUAUUUAGAAUGGAGUGGUAUAAAUUAUUACAUAAACCAAAAUUCUACGCCGCAGAAAAAAACAGAAAAUUGGAAAUUUUGGAAUUAUUUUCGUAAUAAAAAAAACACAAAUAACGAUUUAGAAAAUGGAAGCCAUGAUUUACGUAGAAAAAUUAUUGAAAAUAUUCACGGACGUGUUAAUCCAGGGACAAUACUUAUGAAUGGUCAUAAACCUACAAAAGAUUCAAAACGAUUUGUGUCUUAUUGUACACAACAUGAUAUAUUCUUUCCUCAAUUGACAGUACGAGAGACUUUAAAAUAUACCGCUUUAUUGCGUCUUCCACGUAUAAUGUCAAAACGUGACAAAUUAAAGCAAGUUGAAAAUGUGAUUCAACUAUUGAAUCUUUCUAAAUGUUCAAACACAGUGAUUGGAAAUAGUGGAUUUGGAGGUAUUUCAGGCGGUGAAAGAAAACGUGUUAGUAUUGCAAGCGAAUUGUUAACGGAUCCUAGCAUUAUAUUAUUGGAUGAACCGACCUCGGGACUUGAUUCUUCGUUGGCUUUAGAACUCACAAACAUUUUAAAAACUUUUGCAUUAAAACAUUCUAAAACAAUCAUUAUGGUUAUUCAUCAACCAUCCUCACAAGUAUUUGAGCUUUUGGAUAAAUUACUACUAAUGGCCGAUGGUCGCAUGAAAACUUUUAAACUUAUUAACCCAUUCUUUAAAGUGGAAUUAUUAAACGACGAUAAAAGUAAAAAAAAAUUAAUAAAGUCUUAUGCCGAAAAAAUAAGUAACGAUCCACAAGGAAAAGAAAAAGGUUCCGAAUUCAUGAAAACACCAAAAGAAAGCUCAUCAUCAUCGACGACUUUAUCAUCGUCUCCUUCUGCAUUUGAAGAAAAUCAAAUUUCCUCAUCAACAAUAGUUACAAUUCCAUCAAAUAAACGAAUAACAGUUGAAUAUCGCUGGGAGGCUACAUUUUCACAACAGAUAAAGAUAUUAGCAGAAAGAUCUUUUAAACAACAAAAAGGUGUAAUUUUGUCAAAAAUUAAUGUUAUACAAACAAUUGCUUUGGGAAUUGUUGUUAUUUUAGUUUGGUUACGAAUACCUUUUGAAGAACAAAACCUUAGUGAUAGAUAUGGUUUGAUCUCUUUUACGUCAAUAUUUUGGUCAUUUCAUCCAUUAGUCGGUACAAUAUCAUCACUUCCAAUAGAUAUUGAGAUGUUAUCUAAAGAAAGACAAUCAAGGUCCUAUCGAUUAUCUUCGUAUUUCAUAGCAAAACAAUUGGCCGAAUUGCCGUUAAUAUUACUACAUCCAGCAGCAUUCGUUAUUAUGACCUAUUCGGCAACUAAUUUAUUACCUUAUGCUGAUAGUUUUUUCGCUUAUUUGUUCACAAUGUUAUUAACGAGUAUAACCGCCCAAAGUUUUGGUUAUUUAUUUGGUGCAGCUCUAUUAGAUAUUCGAAAAAGCAUAUCUGUUUCCACGAUAUUUGUCUUGACGUCUAUGUUAUUGAGUGGUUUCUAUGUACAAAAUUUACCUUACGGAUUAGAAUGGUCACAAUAUCUUUCGUUCAGUCGUUAUUCAUACUCCUUAUUAAUGUUGAUUCAAUUCGGCACAAGUCGAUCAUAUUUUAAAUGUUCAUCUUUUGGUGAAAAAAGUGAUUACAGCGAAUGUUUAAAUCCAAAUUCAGAUGCUACUUUACCUGGUGUUUCUGUAUUAGAUAGACUUCAUUUACAUGACUUGAAAUGGUUUGAAGAUGUUAUAAUAUUGAUUUUUAUUUGUAUUGGAAUAAGAAUUUUAUCUUAUUACGCUUUAAGAAGAUCGACUAAAUUACGUUGA